AUGGGACCUGGUGGUGCGAAAAUCAUAACCACCAUCACCAAGAUCCACCCCAAUUUCGCCAAGGAGCAGAGCCCGAGCCUCGAUUUUUUCGCGUCUACGGUAUACCGUGCGUACAAUCCGACUACGCGACGCUUCUUUACGCAUCCCAACCGUCGACUGGUCGAUCAGCGAAGUGGGCGAGGCUUCGGAGCUGCUGAUCGGACCGGGAAGAUCAUUAGCAUGCAGACUUUUGAGAGGAACACAGGAAUGCUGAAAAAUCGAUGCCCCGGUCUCCAGGAGCUCUCCUAUAUGGCCCGAAACGGCGGCCAAUUCCUGACCGCCGACGCGUCGGAGCGUCGCCGUAUGCAAAUGCAAGGCUGGAACGAGGUGGCUCCGAUCGGGAUGUGCGUCCGCCAGAUGGGACAAUGCGGAGCACGAUCUCCCCUCCUGGAGGCCCGCAAAAAUGCCGACGACUUCAUCUACAUGACCGACCGGGGAGAGUUCCAGAAAUUCCUCGCCAAAAACCGCGACUACCGCGCCUCGCCCCAGGAGGUCGUCUGCUGGAUUUGG